ACAGUGUCUCCCGGCCUGGGGGCCGCCCAGGCGCCGUUACGGAGCGCGCCGUUGAUGUCCCCUCGUGUGUUGCCCUUGUCUCUGCUCCCCAUCCCCGGUGCGUUUAUCCCAGCAGCGGGACCUCGAGCGGCUGGCAGCGCCUCGGUGUCGGGGACUUGAGGUGCAGACCCCUCCCCUCGGAUCAAUUCUGCUGGCGGCAGCGGGCGUCACGUCGGUGGGAAAACAUGAGCCGAGAUUUCAAACCCGGAGACUUGAUCUUUGCCAAGAUGAAAGGUUAUCCCCAUUGGCCAGCCAGGGUGGAUGAAGUUCCUGAUGGAGCAGUAAAGCCUCCUACGAAUAAAAUGCCUAUUUUCUUUUUUGGCACCCAUGAGACGGCAUUUUUGGGACCAAAAGACAUAUUCCCUUACUCUGAAAAUAAAGAUAAAUAUGGAAAACCAAAUAAGAGGAAGGGUUUUAAUGAAGGGUUGUGGGAAAUCGACAACAAUCCCAAAGUGAAGUUCUCUCAUCAGCAGUCCCAUUCAGCUGUUAACCCUCCUAUCAAAGAAACUGCUCAAGAAGGCACUCAGGAGCCUGCUGAGGGGAGUGAAGAAAAAGCAGGAGCCAAAAGAAGAAAGAAUUCUGUCCCAAAAUUAUCACUUAAAGAGGAUAAUAACUUGCCUACAGAAGCUGCAACAGAAGAAAAGGAGCUGGAUACUUUGAAGGAAGAUGAUCUACCUCCUGAAAAAAACAGUAAUAAAGAAGAUGUGGUGAAAACAAAUGAUGCUUCUCAUCCUAAAGUAGCUAGAAGAGGAAGAAAAAGAAAGGCUGAGAAACAACCUGAAGCUGAGGAAGUGGCAGCAGUGGCAACAGCAGGAGGAGCAGUGACAGCAGCAGCUCCUGGGCCAGUGUCUCCAAAAGUAAGCCCUAAGAGAGGAAGACCAUCAGCGUCUGAAGUAAAGGUUCCAAAACCAAGAGGGAGACCUAAGUUGGUGAAACCAUCUUGUCUGUCAGAGAGUGACUCUGUUAAUGAGGAUGAAAAGCCAAAGAAAAAAGGACCAGAAGACAAGCCCAAAAAGCAAGGGAAAAAAGAUGAGGAAAGUCAGAAGGAAGAGGAGAAAUCAAAGAAAGAAUUUGACAAAAAGGAAGGAAAGAAAGAAGCUGAACCAAAGAGGAAGAAUGCUGCAAAAGUGGGUUCUGCAUCAGCUUCCGAUUCUGAGGAUGAUGGAGAAGAACAAGAAGGUGACAAGAAGAAAAAAGGGGGAAGAAGCUUUCAGGCAGCUCAUAGAAGAAAUGUUGUAAAAGGCCAACAUGAAAGAGAAGCAGCAGAAAGAAAACGUAAGCAAGAGGAACAGACAGAAUCUGAAUCGCAGAAUAAAGAAGAAGGCAAGAAAGCAGAAGUUAAGAAGAUGGAGAAGAAGAGAGAAACAUCAGUGGAUUCUAGGCUUCAAAGGAUACAUGCAGAAAUUAAGAAUUCCUUGAAAAUUGAUAAUCUUGAUGUGAACAGGUGUAUUGAGGCUCUAGAUGAGCUUGCAUCCCUUCAAGUCACAAUGCAACAAGCUCAGAAACAUACAGAGAUGAUUCUGACUCUAAAGAAGAUACGGAAAUUCAAAGUUAGCCAAGUUAUCAUGGAGAAAUCUACAAUGCUGUAUAACAAGUUCAAGACCAUGUUUCUGGUUGGGGAAGGAGAUUCUGUUCUUUCCCAAGUAUUAAAUAAAUCGCUUGCUGAGCAGAAGCAGCACGAAGAAGCCAACAAAACCAAAGAACAGUGGAAGAAAGGAGCAAACAAAAAAAUGGAAAAGGAAAAGGACCAAACAGGUCCAAAGGUUCUGAAUGGAGGGUCUGAAGCUCAAGACACCAGCCAGUCACAACAAACUGGAGAGAAUGCUGAGGACAAGAAAGAUAGGCAUGAAGUUGGCAGUAAGAAAAAGACAUGUGGUGAAGAGAGAGAGCUUGAAAAGUCAGCAAAGGAUCCUGCCUUUGAAAGCAAAUGAUACCAGUCCAGUCUUCUUUUUUUUUUUUUAAAUACACAUUAAAGAGGAUUGUUAAGUUUUGCAUUUGAAAUCUAUAGACUGCUGAAAGUUCUAAGUAAUUUUAUAAGCAUAGUAUUUUAAAGUUAAAUUUUGUGGAAUAGAAAUCUCUUUAAUCAUGGUUUAAAAGUAUUUAAACACUUUUGCCAAUAGUUUUGCCCAGUAUUAACAGGUAAGACAUUUCGAUAGAUGAAAAUUGGUUAGAAGACAAAUGCUUACAUGUUACAGGACUUAUAGUGGUAGUAUAUUUUUACCUGACUACUGUAUGUUUGUCUAGGUAACAGCAGGGAAAAGUGUAAAUACUUUUAACUGCCCACUUGCUUCAUUUGUAUAAAACUUGUCUUCCUUCCUAUGAAACUGACCUCUGUUUGUGCAUAGUUUUUCAACUCUUGUUGGGAUGUCUUUUCACUGUGUUUUGUAGGAGUUGGAAGCAGCUUUUUUAUAGCCGUUAAAAUGUUAAUGUAUGAGUUAAGUAUACUUAAUCACCUUUUUUAAAGAAGUUUAGUUCUGUUCUUGCAAACUUGUUGUGCCAAUUUACUGCAAUGUGACUUUAUGGUAUGCUUUUGGUAUAAUAAGUAUACUAGAAAGAAACAUAGUGUUCCUACAGAACCUGUAGGAUUCACAUUGGUUAGAACAGUCUUAAACACUUUAUGAAAUUAAAGAAUUUUAAGUUGAUAAGGUUUAUAUAGACAGGAACAUAUAGAGGAAUGACAGGUGUCUGGGUGUAGUUCUACUUUGGUUUUAUUGCCUUGGCAUUAACUUGGGGAUUUUGAACUUGCAUUUUAGCAGAAACACUGGUGGAGUAUGUUAAGAACAACUCCUAAAGGCACAAAAAGGAAAUGUAACAGCUAUAACGUCCUCUGAAAAUUCUUUCUUGAAACAUAUGCUUUGCCUAACAUCAGAACUAGAAGUAGUUUGUAUGUGACUGAAAAACAAUAUUUGACAGAGGCCAGCUAGGUUAGAAAUUAAGAGUUUAAUAAUUCUGACCAUCUUGUUAUGGGGAUAUUAGGGGAGAUGAGGGUGUUCCAGGUGUACUGAUCACCUCGUAUUGCAUUGCCUUCAAGGCAGGAACAGAAGAUCAGGAUUACAGCCUGGUACAGACCAGUACUUUUAAUUCAUACUGUUCGACAGCGAAGAGUUUCAGUACUGCAGCACAACCAAAACAGUAGCACAUUGCAGCCUGAUAUUUCUGGUUGACAGGCCUUGUAAAUUGCAGCCCACUUGGGUUUGUUUUCUUUUGUUCUCAGCCAGGGUACUAUGGGGAAAGGGAUUUCUCAUACUUUAAAAAUAGAGGGGGUUUUCCCAUUUCAAGUGCAACAGCUCGGUACAACCUUCACUUCCGUUUGCAGUUCUGCACCUGUAGUAGUGCUAAGCAGCUGAAUGAACAGUUUAUGAGAAAAAGCAAUUUCAACACUUAGUACUAUUGUUACAAUCAGGUAAGGGUCAGUAACUUCAGCACUCCUGUGUUUCCAGAACCUGAAAGUGACAGAUUUAUCUUCCUUUUUUUCAAAUUAUUAUUUAUCUCCUAUGCAUACAGGCUGAGAGACUUGUGCUUCUUCAGCCUGGAGAAAGCUCAGGGGAGACCUUAUAACAAGUCUUCCAAUACCUAAAGGAGGACUACAUGAAAUCUGGAGAAGGGCAUUUUACAAGGAUAUGUAGGGACAAGAUAAGAUGCAAUGGCUUUUAACUGACAGAGGGGAGAUUUAGGUUGGACAUUGGGAAGAAAUUCUUCCCUAUGAGGGUGGUGGGACAUUGGCACAGGUUGCCCAGAGAACCUCUGGAUGCCCCAUCCCUGGCAGUGUUCAAGGCCAGGCUGGAUGGUGCUUUGAGCAGCCUGGUCUAGUGUGAAGCGUCACUGAACAUGGCAGGGGGUUGGAACUGGAUGAUCUUCAGGUCCUUUCUAACCCAAACCAUUCUGUGAUUCUGUGAAACUGAGAAUGUUUUUUUCACUGAAAUCAUGCACUGCUAUGAAGUAACUCCUCAUUCUCCAUAUGCCAAUUCUGAAAAUAUUAAAACUUCUUUCCCUA